AGGAGGGGCUCUACUGCUUUGCUCUCCAGAGUGUCUUCUCUCGCCCCUCCACCCCUUCUCCCAGCGCUGGAGAGACACACACAGCCUGGUGUGUGUGCGCACAGAGGCAGGCCGGGCAGCUGCACUUUCCUGCCAUUCAGGGUCUGGUUUCUGAACGCGGCUGCUACAUUGGUUUAACUGGAGUAAACCUCAGCCCCGCGCUCACACAGGCUCGCGAACAUGCCCAUGCCCACGGUGCAGCCAGCCAGAGGGGGACGGGGAAGGUGUGUCUGAAACCACCAAGAAGCCAUUAGGCAGCUGACACCGAUGCAUCUUGGCGCUCGCGUGUAACGAGCUCACCGAGCCCGGCUCUCUCCCGCUCCACACAGGGCUCAGCUGCAGGACUCGGGGGGCUUCUCUGCCCGGAGAGGAGGCGGUCAGCAGAGCCCCCACGGCCCCGUCUCUUCCCCUGGGCUCGGCUCGGGACUGGAGUGGCCAUGGAAACAGCGCUGAUCUUUCUGUGCUCUCUGCUGGUGCCUGUGGUCGUGGCGGACGCAGCCAAUCAAGAGAAGGAAAAAGAUCCUUUCAACUAUGAUUACCAGAGUUUGAGGAUCGGCGGUUUGGUGUUCGCCGUGGUCUUGUUUUCUGUUGGAAUUCUCCUUAUACUCAGCCGGAGGUGCAGAUGCAGCUUCAACCAAAAGCCCAGCAACAGGGGCACAAAAAGCAGAGAACUGAACUAGAGCCAUCAGGUGACUCCCUUUGCUCCGCCAGGCUAACAGGCGUCUUUCUCCUUCCGAGAUUACGAGACCAUUCGGAAUGGGGGGCUGAUCUUCGCCGUGGUGGCUUUCGUGUUCGGACUCCUCAUCAUUCUCAGUCGGCGGUUCCGCUGCGGAGCAAAGAAGAGAAGAAGACAAGGUGACGAUGACGAGCUGUAGCUGCAGAGCUGCCUGGACUGUCUGGAAAGAGGCUUCCUGCCCAGUGCCCUGUCUGGGGGGGGGGAGUUCUCUCCAGGAGCCAAGCCCCUUGCAUCGGAGACAUUAACCCUCUCAGCCCUGCACCUCUAUACACACCGUUUUCAUGGCUUUCCUUUGUAAAAUCAGUUCUGUGCUUUGCCUCAAUAAAGCUUCUUCUGAGAGAGGGUUAAA